CGUACAGAAUUAAGGCUGGUCAUUCGAUUCACAUAGCUGGUCUGAUGAGGUUGGAUAUAGAAGAAACAUCCGUGGAUACUAUUUAUGUCACGGUGUGGGCAUCUCCUUAUCUUCCCCUGCAUAUGGGUAAAGUGGAAAAUGCAUGUAAAAUGUUUCAAGACCAUUUUGGGCGCCAGUUGCAGCCACCUAUUGGGGAGAAACGAGUUCAAGAACUGGGGAAUUGGGUGAGAAAGGAAUUCCGUGUUAGAGGGAACAGUUGGGACUCAAGCUCUGUAGACAUAGCUGCUGCUGGCCUUGGUUGGUUUGCCAUUGGACUUAAAGGAGACGCCGUGUUAGGAGUUUGGAUUUACGAAGGAGUUGAUGUUGUUCUUCGCAAUUCUUUAAUACCCUACAGAUCACAUACUUUUGAAGUUGCAGGAUUUACAGUAUCCAAGAUUGUCUCCCAGUCUGACCAAGCUUUAAAUAAGACACACAAACGAAAUGAUAAAAAGGUGAAGGGGAUUGACUCAAAAGUGCCAUCCAGUUUGGUUGAAUCAUGACUAUUGACUUCUGAUGGAGGCAUCUAAAAAUGGGGUCAGUUUGAGAGAAAGAAAGAAAAAAUUAAUUGCCUUCUAGUUUCUAUACAAUACAAGAUAUGGAUCAAGAAUGCUAACUAAACAGGAUAUUUCUAGCUUGUCAAUAUCUCAAGUUCAAGCAAGGGGAAUGGUGAGUUGAGUUGAGUUUCUUGACAAUACAAGAAAUGGAUCAAGAAUGCUAACUAAACAGGAUAUUUCUAGCUUGUCAAUAUCUCAAGUUCAAGCAAGGGGAAUGGUGUAUAAUGGUGAUGAUCAAAUGUGGCAUUUGCAGUAAUAUCUUAUCCAAAAUCCAACCUAAAUUUAGCCAUCUGGCUAUGUCAUGUUCCUUGUUAUUUCAAAGAAAUGUCUUAAUUAUUUCAAUUGAAAAGUUAUAUGUUGCAUUUUCUACUUUGUAUUAUUUCAGAACAGAAUUACCCCUCAGUUUUCGGGUCCUUGUGAGUUACUUGAACUAGUUUA